CAAGAAGAAGCUAGAUGUGGUGACAAUCUAAGUAUCAUGAAUGGAGCAUUGGGUAUUUGCCUCCAAGGCGCCCAUCCAGAUCUGAUCGAAGAAACAAGAUAUGACACCAAUCUCGCAAAGAAAAUACACGAUGUGAACGUGAAAGUGGAAACAUACAAGACACGCUUGGACUCACAUCCAGAGUUCCAUCCCAACCAUACCAGAGAAUGUUCUGUUAAUGUAUUGAGUUCCUAUAGUCACCGAAAGGACGAAAGCCAGAUUGACAAUUUUAUCAAAUCUUCAAAAAACCGUUGA